AUGUCUGGUAUCACAAACAAUGGGAGGGUAGAGAAUUCUACAGCAUCUGGUAAAAAGGAGACCCAUUUAGAAAUCACGGCUGGUAACAAAAGAAAUCCUCAAGUAUCACAAGCAACAGUUAUAGAAAUCAGAAACGAAUCAGACCGAGUAAAGGGGCUGACUUUGAAAAUUGCACACACAUCAUUUAACUUCAAGGCUGGGCAAUGGGUAGAUAUGUAUAUACCAGGUGUUGAUGUGGUAGGUGGUUUCUCCAUGUCCUCGUCUCCUAAAACAUUACUAACAGACCACACUAUAGAACUCGCUAUAAGUAAUAGUUCUCAUCCACCAGCUCAUUGGGUACAUACACAGUGUAAAAUUGGAGAUGAAGUAAAGUUGCAAGUUGGUGGAGAAUUUUAUUUCAACCCACCUAAAGAAGUCUUAAAGGAUGACGUUCUUCUAAUUGCGGGAGGCGUGGGAAUAAAUCCUUUAUAUAGUAUAAUACAGCAUAUUAAUGAUAUACGCCAGACUUCCACUUGUAAAACCUAUUUAUUAUAUACAGCUAAAACACAAACAGAUCUUAUAUAUAAGACUACACUAGACACAUUGUUUGAAAAAUGUCCUUAUACCACAGUUCAAUAUUACACCACCCAAUCAACACCAAAUCAUCCCUCUAUACAUUAUAGAAGAAUAGAUGAAAGCGAUAUACAGUCAGUAGUUAGUAAUUGUGAUUUGAACUCUCUACACGUUUUUCUAUGUGGUCCGCUUUCAAUGAUAAAAACUAUGAACAAAUUUUUGCUCCAGCAGAAGGUGCCCACUUCCAAUAUACACUUUGAAAAGUGGUUUUGA